GACACACGCUGCACAAAUUCAUACCUCAGUGGUUUGAGUUUACAUCUUGAGGGAAAAGAACCACUGAAAAGCAACAAUAGCCUAUACUUUCUCUUUUUCAAAGCAAAAAAUCUUGGACUAUCUCACUCUUGAUGUUUUUUUCCCCUCUCAGCCAGACGCCAUAUGCACGCCUCCGCUAGUCGACCCACUUUUGACUGGACAGACCGUUUCGGCUGCCUCUAUCAUUAGUCUGGUUAACACAGGAUUUGAAAACUUGAAGUUUAACUUCUAACGAACUCGUUUACACUUGAUUCCAAGACUAAUCUUGCAACACACUGGGGGGAACAUGUAGACAUGGAUUUUAUGAAGCUGUUUGGCACUGUUAUCGCCGUUUUGUUCCACCCUGGAUCCGCGUCUAAAAUAAAUGGCCAAAGGAUCUGUCGGCGCGGGACAGAGCGCCCAUGCUACAAGGUGUCCUACAUCCAGGACAGCAGGCAGAGGCUGACCUUCGAGGAUGCCAGGCAGGCCUGCAGGUCGGAUGGAGGCGACUUGCUCAGCAUUGAAACAGAAAGCGAGCAGCGGCUAAUGGGGAGGUUUAUACAGCAGCUGCAGGCUGGAGAUGGAGACUUCUGGAUCGGGCUCCGGCGCAGCCCACAGCGUUACAGGGCAGGCACCACGAGCCCAGGGUGCCCCUCGCAGUACUAUUGGCUGGAUGGAAGCAAGGCCAAGUUCAGGAACUGGCAUUGGGACGAGCCAUCGUGUGGUGUUGAAAUGUGUGUGGUUCUCUACUACCAGCCCUCUGCACCACCCGAUGAAGAAGGUCAUUUCCUGUUCCAGUGGAACGAUGACAACUGCAACUCCAAAAACAACUUUGUGUGCAAAUACCCGGAAGAAAAAGUACCAGUAUUUACUGAAGAAGGGAACACAGCACAUGCAGUUCCAUCUCUGAGGCCAAACAUAUUGUCAACUACAGAGAGAGAUGAGAGGAUAAAAAUAGGACUACCUGAGUCAUCAGUGUCUCUCUCAGACGACACCCUGUAUGUUUCCUACAUCCUUUAUGCAACUAUGCCUGCUCUGCUACUGCUGCUGUUUGCAGCUGCUGGAUUCUUCUGCUAUAAACAGCAUGCUAAGAGGAGGAAGACAGAAACAGAAAGCUACCCCAGCAGAUCAAAACCGUGGACGUCAACAACAGCAUCACCUUAUGCCAUACAAGGACCUUACGCCUUUAGUGACAUUAGCAAACUGCCGCCUCACACUGCUCUGGACGGCAGCAUACCAGCAGACAUCAUGAAAAAGUACUCCUGUGCUCCUUCCCAGGACUCCCGUUGCGACGACUAUGAGAAUGUGUCAUGUGCGGAAAGGGAGAGCGGCUUUGUGACCAAUGACAUCUAUGAGACCUGCAGAGCCCAGAGCCGGCAGACUGGUUGGGUGGAAAAUGAGAUCUAUGGAUAACACUGUUGAUGCAGCCAUAUCUGGUCUCUGUGAGUGUCUGUCAACCUCAUACCAGCUAUAGAAUGUGACCCAGCUAGACGGAGGAACACAAUGUUCUCAAUCCCUUUCUUCCUGUAAACCCUACUGGUUACUUGUGUGGUUCAGGCUAACUAAACAUGCGUCUGUGUCGGCCUGGACUUAGACCUAUCUUAAAUAAUCUCCUGUGUGUACCUCCAGUGCUGCAUAUUGAGCAUCCAGCAUCCAAAGCUGCAAGUCAGAUAAAUGCUUAAAGCAGGGUUUCCCAAAGUAAUGUCGACUGUGAGUCCAUAUUUAGGCCCCAAACUUCCCAGAACCCCACAAUAAAGAGUUCUCAAAUUGGGAAUCUAAGCAUGGCAUACCUUUGGAUUCAAGAGUAAUAAAUGGGUUAUAUAAAAUUGGUAAUAUAUUUAAGAUAUUUCUAAUAAAUGUUAUCAUUAAACAAGACCAAGAGUCUGCAGGGAUUCUAGUAGCUCUGUGAGGCUGUACUCAGACACAGUGGUGCUUUGAGCUGAAUGCUAAUAUCAGCAUGCUCCCAAAGACCAAUGAUAACAUGCUGAUGUUUAGCGAGUAUAAUGUUUACCAUGUUUACCAAUCAUAGUUUUGUGUGUUAGUAUGCUAACAUUUGCUAAUUAGCACUAAAGACAAAGUGCAGCAGAUCUUGAGGGGAAUUAUUUCAAUUCAUCAAGGGAAUCAUUAGAUUUGCAGAUAUUUGGUUAUAAACCAAAGUAUUAAAUGGAUUAAAAGUUAGGGAAUCCAGUCCAAUAGUUUAGACACUUUACUCUGAGCCACAAAUGUCAACCUUAUGGUGAUGCUAUAACAUUGAGAUGCAUCAUCUGGACAAAUUCUCUGACAAAUUAUGUAACUUCACAGCAGCACGAAGGCUUUGGUUUCAAAGAAUGAUCUCAAAUACGCAUUACUGAGUCAGGGUAGGUUAUCGUUACAGCAGUGCUCCUAUAUUUCGGCAUGGUGGAUUGCACAUUUAACCAUGGGUAUAAGUGCAAAUUUUGACGACUCACGCAAGGUUACUCAUCUUGUAAAAAAUCCAAAAUAAACUAUUCAGCCGCUUUCAAAUCACGUCACUAGAUAUUACGAGACAAGGACAAAAAGAUCCUGUUGUCUUUCUACAACAGUAGAGUUAUCCUAUUCAGGGACUAUUCUGACCCUUUCUCUAAAUCUAAAGAUUGGUGUCUGCCCAGUGUAAGGCUUCCUGUUUGGACUCUGAUGUCAGGGAACAGGACAGUACAUGCGGAAACACUCAUGACAGAACUCUGCUGACCCCAGUAAAGCUCAAAGCUGUGGGCUUUCCCAGACCCCACCUGACUGUGGGGGAAAUUCAACCCUUCCACUGAUCUGACAGUACAGAGAGUUUUUAGGAGUGACCAUUUUUUGAGUAUGUCAAUGUCAUGGAUUAAUUCAUCGGUGUUUGCUUGUAAAUGCCUGCCUUGUAAAUUUGUAAAAUAAUCAUGGAUAUACAUUACUAAACACAAAUGCCUUUGUUAUUUUUGAGUGGACUGCUGGGUCUGUGUCUUAGAAAUAUGUAGCAAGCCCAGUAAGGAGAGGCUGAGUGUGUUCUUGGAGAAUGUUAGACAGGAAAUGCCAAAAGCACAUCUGGAACUCUUACAUUCAGGAAGUCUAUGCGUGACAGCGGGGGCCUUCGGAGUGCUGCUCUGCCUGCCCGUAAUCCACUACUCUGUGUUAGACUGUCACUGCAUGAGCUGAAGAGAACAACUGUUGGGUGUGAACGUGUGCUGAAUCUUAAACGUGAUGUGAUCUUUAGAUGUCAAAUAAAGUUUGGUUACAAGA